AUGAUCAGUGCAGAAGCUGAAUUUGCAAACUCGCUUAUGCAAUAUGAGCACCAUGCAAAAUCUAACUAUCGUGGUUCUGUCAUGGGAUGUUCAUUUGUGCAGCGUGAUAGAGAAGAGUGUUGUGACCAAAUGAUAAAAGAUUAUUUCAUCAAGUGUCCGAGAUUUCCUACUCAUGAUUUUCGAAUGCGGUUUCAGAUGAGGAGAGAUCUUUUUGAAAGCAUCUUAAACACAGUUGUAAAUUAUGACCACUACUUUCCAAGGAAGAUAAAUGUCGUAGACCUACAAACUAUAUCACCUCAUCAGAAGCUCACAUUUGCAUUUUGGAUGCUAGCUAAUGGGUGCUUUGCAAACUCAACUGAUGAGUAUUGCCGACUUGCAGAAACUACUGCUAUUGAGAAUGUGAAGCGCUUCUAUAAGGCAAUUGAAGCCAUAUAUGGAACCACAUAUCUUCACAAGCCAAAUCGUGAAGACUUGAAGAGGCUUAUAUGCAAGGCAGACAAAAAAGGCUUCGCUAGCAUGAUAUGA